CCCCUCCCUCCUCCUAGUUUUAAACAUGGCGGCCAUGUCCACUCUCCUAACGAACGUCCAGCCGCCUGCAAAGUGACUCGGCUUCAGUCGGCUUCGCUCGGCCGCCGUUUGUUUUUCUUCUGUCGCUCGGAUGCCAACGUCGACCUCUUGCUCGCCAACAAGCUCCGUGCUCCGGUCGGCCCGCCGACCGCUGUAGCCUCCGCGAGGGGCCCUUCGUUGGCUUCUAUUUGGGAGCCCAAGCAGCAGCCUGGAAGUCAAAGGCCAGCCCCGGCCGUCAGCCGUCCAGCCGCCUUCCUUCCCCCCGUCCGGAGGAUGGUUUGACGCGGAGCACUCGAGCCGUCCUCUGCGCCAACGAUGUGUGAAAACUGCGCCGAGCUGGUGGAGGUUCUGAACGAAAUUUCGGACGCGGAUGGCGGCGGCGAGGGCGGCUUCCAGCUGAAGAAGGAACAUGCGCUGCGGGUAUUGGCUCACAUCAGCUCGUGGACGCAGAGACAAUGCCUGUGCUGCUUCAAGGAGUACAAGCACCUGGAGGUCUUCAACCAGCUGGUGUACGCGCUCAUCAACCUGGUGGUGGGACAGAUCGCCGGGCUCAGGGACCGCCUGUGCCGCCUUCGCGCCCCUGAGGGGGCCGCCGACCGCGACCAACGGGGCCCCCGCCGGCCGGCCUCGCCCGGCGAAGACGAGCCCGUCAACGUGGAGCGGGACUCGGCGGAGGAGGAGGACGCCCAGUCCCCGGGCGCCGACCUGAACCGGAAGCAGGCCGAGGAGGAGGAGGACGACGACGAUGAGGAGGAGGAUGGCGGCGAGCUUGACGCAUUCAGCUCGUGGAGCACCGACGAGCGAGAGAAGCUGCUGCUGUGCGCCGCCAAGAUCUUCCAGAUCCAGUUCCCGCUCUACACGGCUUACAAACACAACACGCACCCCACCAUCGAGGACAUACCUGCUCACGAGAGCAGCAUCCUGGGCUCCUUUUGUGACAUGAAUGACGUGGAGGUUCCUUUGCACCUUCUGCGCUACGUCUGCCUCUUCUGCGGCAAGCACGGCCUCUCUCUGAUGAAGGAAUGUUUCCAGGCCGCCACGCCCGACAGCCUCCCCUUCCCCAUCGCGCACGCUUUCAUCAGCAUCGUGUCGAACAUCCGGAUAUGGCUUCACAUUCCGGCCGUCAUGCAGCACAUCAUCCCCUUCCGCUCCUACGUCAUACGGUACCUGUGCCAGCUCUCGGACCAGGACCUGCGUCAGAGCGCGGCGCGCAACAUGGCCGACCUGAUGUGGAGCACGGUGAAGGAGCCCCUGGACAGCGCGCUGUGCUUCGACAAGGAGAGCCUGGACCUGGCCUACAAGUACUUCAUGUCGCCCACGCUCACCAUGAGGCUGGCCGGACUCAGUCAGAUCACUAACCAGCUGCACACUUUUAACGACGUCUGCAACAACGAGUCUCUCGUGUCCGACACUGAAACGUCGAUCGCCAAGGAUCUGGCCGACUGGUUGAUCCACAACAGCGUGAUCGAGCACCUUUUCGGACCCAAUUUGCACAUUGAGAUCAUCAAACAGUGCCAAGUGAUCCUUAACUUCCUGGCGGCGGAAGGCCGACUCAGCACGCAGCACGUGGACUGCAUUUGGGCCGCGGCUCAGCUGAAGCACUGCAGCCGCUACAUCCACGACCUUUUCCCUUCCCUCAUCAAGAACCUGGACCCGGCGCCCCUUCGCCACGUCCUCAACUUGGUCUCGGGUCUGCACCCCAGCGCGCACACCGAACAGACGCUCUACUUGGCCUCCAUGCUCAUCAAGGCUCUGUGGAACAACGCCCUGGCCGCCAAAGCCCAGGUGUCCAAGCAGAGCUCCUUCGCCUCGCUGCUCAACACCAACAUGGGCGCGGGCAACAAGAAGGGUGAGCGCCGUGCGCACGACAACAGUUUGGUUCCAUUUGCGUCAUUGCGGUGCGUGACCUUUUGUCGCUCAGGCUCUCCGGCCGCCAGCCCCGACAGCAGCGACACGCAGCGCAGCGACAUGGACGAGCAGAUGAUGUCGGGCGGCAAGCGCGGACAGCGUCGGCUUUCCGACACCGAGGAGUCGAUGCAGGGCAGCUCGGACGAGACGGCCAACAGCGCCGAGGAAGGCAGCAGCGGGCCGGGCAGCACCAGCGGCCGCAGCGACGCCUCCAGCAACGAGGUGGCCUCCAGCGGAGCCAGCCAGUCGGCCGGCAGCCCCGCCAGCGACGUCCACUCGGACGACAUGGCCGACAGCGAGGCCCUGAAGGAGGAUGAGGACGAGGAAGAUGACGACGACGACGAUGAGGAAGACGAGGAGGAGGACGACGAUGACGAUGAGGAGGAGGACGAGGAAGAAGAGGUGUCUCCCGACAGCCGGUCGCACAAGGCGGAGAAGGACCCCCGGGACCAAGCGGAGUCACGCAAGAGGAAAGCGGGCGAGGCUCUGAGCGACGGCGCAAAAGCCAAGGUCCUCCCCUUCAGCCCGGAGACGUCCGCCAUCAUGGCUGCCGCCGCCGCCGCCGCGUCCACUUCCCUGGAGAAUCGUAUGCGGAUGAUGGACACGUGCGUGGCGUCCUCGUCCGCGCAGACCUCCCAGGUGCCUGACGUCAGUCCCCGCCAGGGAGGGGCGGGGCCUCAGGACCCAUCCUGCGUGGCCCGGCCCGCCAACUUCCUGGGCGAGGCCAUGGGCGGAGAAAUCUUCAACUGCCGGCGCUUCAUUGGCCCCCAGCAUCAUCACCACCACCAUCAUCAUCAUCACAACCACCAUCACGACGGGCCCACGGUGGAGGACAUGCUGAGCACGGACGACGUGAGCUGCAGCAGCUCGCAGGUCAGCGCCAAGUCGGAAAAGAACAUGGCCGACUUUGACGGCGAGGAGUCGGGCUGCGAGGAAGAGCUGGUCCAGAUCAAUUCGCACGCCGAGCUCAGCUCACACCUGCAGCAGCACCUCCCCAACCUGGCGUCCAUCUACCACGAGCACCUGGUGCAAGGGCCGGCCGUGCACAAGCAUCAGCACUCGGGCGGCCACGCCGUCGCCGACGUCAACCUGGACAACGUCUGCAAGAAGGGCAACACGCUGCUGUGGGACCUGGUGCAGGACGACGACGCCAGCCACCUGUCGGAGGGUCUGAUCAACGAGGCCGAGAAGCUGCUCUGCUCGCUGGUGUGCUGGUUCACCGACCGGCAGAUCCGCAUGCGCUUCAUCGAGGGCUGCCUGGACAACCUGGCGCAUCACCGGUCCGUGGUGGUCUCGCUGAGGCUCCUCCCCAAGCUCUUCGGCACCUUCCAGCAAUUCGGCUCCAGCUACGACACGCACUGGAUCACCAUGUGGGCCGAGAAGGAGCUGCACAUGAUGAAGCUGUUCUUCGACAACCUCCAGCACUACAUCCAGGAGGUCCGGCAGCAACGCCACAAGUUUGCGCUGUACAGUCACAGUGCGGAGGUGCAGGUGCGCCUUCAGUUCCUCACGUGCGUUUUCUCCACGCUGGGAUCUCCAGACCACUUCAGACUGAGUCUGGAGCAGGUGGACAUCCUGUGGCACUGCCUGGUGGAGGACGCCGAGUGCUACGACGACGCCCUGCACUGGUUCCUCAACCAGGUGCGCAGCAAGGACCAACACGCCAUGGGCAUGGAGACCUACAAGCACCUUUUCCUGGAGAAGAUGCCUCAGCUGAAGCCGGAGACCAUCAGCAUGACGGGCUUGAACCUCUUCCAGCACCUUUGCAACCUGGCCCGGCUGGCCACCAGCGCACUGGACAACGCCGCCAACUGCGAGCUGUGCGGCAUGGACCAGCUGUGGGGCAUCGCCCUCCGAGCUCAGUCGGCCGACAUCAGCCGGGCCGCUAUCCAGUACAUCAACUCCUACUACAUCAACGCGGGCAAGACGGGCCUAGAGAAGGAGCAGGAGUUCAUCCGCAAGUGCAUGGAGAGUCUGCUGAUGGCGUCGGCCAACCUGGAGAAGGACCCCCAGUCGGGCCUGACCAGCAUCGAGAGGGGCCUGCUUAUGCUCAAGACGCACCUGGAGGCCUUCAGGCGCAGGUUCGCCUACCACCUGCGCCAGUGGCAGAUCGAGGGCACGGGCAUCGGCAGCCACCUCAAGGCGCUCAGCGACAAACAAUCGUUGCCGCUCAGGAUCGUCUGUCAGCCCGCCGGACUUCCCGACAAGAUGACCAUCGAGAUGUACCCCAGCGAUCAGGUGGCAGACCUGCGCGCAGAGGUGACCCACUGGUACGAAAACCUGCAAAAGGAGCAGAUGAACCAGCAGGCGCAGCUGCAGGAGUUCGGCCAGAGCGGCCGGCAGCCGGGAGACUUCUCAGGGGGUCUGAUGGGACCCGUCCGUAUGAUCUCGUCGGGCCACGAACUGACCACAGACUACGACGAGAAGACUCUUCAUGAGCUGGGCUUCAAGGACAUGCAGAUGGUGUUUGUGUCUCUGGGGGCGCCUCGGCGCGAGCGCAAAGGCGAAGGCGUGCAGCUGCCGGCGUCGUGCCUGCCUCCCCCGCAGAAGGAGCACAUCCCCAUGCUGCUGCUGCUACAGGAGCCGCAUCUCACCACGCUCUUUGACCUGCUGGAGAUGCUGGCCUGCUUCAAGGCACCCAGCCACGCCGAACGCCACCACGCUCCCGAGAUGGCUCGCUGCGAGGAACUGCACCUACACGCCGAGAACCUUUCUCGCCGCGUUUGGGAGCUUCUCAUGCUGCUGCCCACGUGUCCCAAGAUGCUACGGGCCUUCCAGAACAUCUCGGACGACGGCACGGACGAAGGGCCGUGCUGGAAGGAGCUGCUGAGGAUGAAAAGUGCCCACAAGCUUCUGUACGCGCUGGAGAUCAUCGAAGCACUUGGCAAGCCCAACAGGCGCAUCCAUAGGGAGUCCACGGGCAGCUACAGCGACUUGUACCCCGACUCGGACGACUCUAGCGAGGACCAGAUUGAAAACAGCAAAAACUCGUGGAGCUGCAAGUUUGUUUCAUCUGGCGGUCUGCAGCUGCUCCUGGAGAUCUUCAACUCCGCCAUCCUGGAGCCCAAAGACCGGGAGUCCUGGACUGUGUGGCUGCUGGACUGCCUGGCUUGCCUGCUGAAGCUCAUCUGCCAAUUUGCCGUGGACCCCGCCGACCUGGACCUGGCCUACCACGACGUCUUCUCCUGGUCCGGCCUCGCCGAUGGCCAACGCAAGCGGGCCUGGCCGGGGAAGUCGCGCAAGUCCGCCGUAGAUCACGGCAAAAGUCUUCACAUCCCCAGACUCACCGAGGUGUUCCUCAGCCUGGUCCAAGGAACCAACCUGAUCGAGCGGCUCAUCAACGUGGCCUACACCUACGACAACCUGGCGCACAGAGUUCUGAAGGCCCAGUCGGAUCACCGGUCCCGACAUGAAGUGACUCACUACUCCAUGUGGCUGCUGGUGAGCUGGGCCCACUGCUCGUCGUCCGUCAAGUCCAGCCUGGCCGACAGCGAGCGUCUGCAAGACUGGCUCAGGAAACUCACCCUGCUGGUGCCCGAGGCGGCCGUGCGUCACGAGGCGUGCAACGGCCUCUACAAGCUCUCCCUCUCGGGCCUGGAAGGCGGCGAGUCCAUCAACAGAUCUUUCCUGCUGCUCGCCGCAUCCACGCUGCUCAAGUUUCUGCCCGACGCGCAAGCUGUCAAACCGAUCAGGGUGGAGGACUACGAGGAGGAGCCGCCCCUCCGAAGCGGUUGCAAAGAAUACUUUUGGCUGCUGUGCAAGCUCAUCGACAACAUCCAUGUCAAAGACGCCACCCAGGUCUCUCCCUCUCUGUGGCUGGCGGGCUCGGUGCAGAGUACCCUGCUGGACCUGGACGCGUUGGCGCGACACCUGGCAGACUGCAUACGAAGCCGCGAGAUGCUGGACCAGCAGGACGGCAGCGUGGAGGACGACGGCCUGACGGGUCUGCUGCGGCUGGCCACCAGCGUCCUCAAGCACAAGCCCCCGUUCAAGUUCUCCCGCGAGGGCCAGGACUUCCUGCGCGACGUGCACAACCUCCUCUUCCUGCUGCCCAGCCUGGCCGACCGCGCCCAGCCCAAGUGCAAGUCGCACGCCGCCCGCGCCGCCGCCUACGACCUGCUGGUGGAGACGGUCAAGGGCUCGGCCGACAACUACCGCCUGCUUCACAACUGGGUCAUGUCCCAGCACAUGCAGGCCUCGCACGCUCCGUACAAGUGGGACUACUGGCCCCACGAGGACGUGCGCGCCGAGUGUCGCUUUGUGGGCCUCACCAACCUGGGCGCCACCUGCUACCUGGCGUCCACCAUCCAGCAGCUCUACAUGAUCCCCGAAGCCCGCCAGGCCAUCUUCACCGCCAAGGUCGGCCCCUCCUCCUCUUCCUCGCCGUUCGGAGCGCUUAUGUCGCCUCGCUGUUUGCGUGCGCAGUACGCCGAAGAGAUCAAACACAAGACCACCCUGCUGGAGCUCCAGAAGAUGUUCACCUACUUGAUGGAGAGCGAGAGGAAGGCGUACAACCCGCGGCCCUUUUGCAAGACCUACACCAUGGACAAGCAGCCGCUCAACACGGGAGAGCAGAAGGACAUGACGGAGUUCUUCACCGACCUCAUCACCAAGAUUGAGGAGAUGUCGCACGAGCUGAAGGACACGGUGAAGACCCUGUUUGGCGGCGUCAUCACCAACAACGUGGUCUCUCUGGACUGCGACCACGUGAGCCAGACGGCCGAGGAGUUCUACACGGUCAGGUGUCAGGUGGCCGACAUGAAGAACAUCUAUGAGUCUCUGGACGAGGUGACCAUCAAGGACACGCUGGAGGGCGACAACAUGUACACGUGCUCCCACUGCGGGAAGAAGGUCCGUGCGGAGAAAAGGGCUUGUUUCAAGAAGCUUCCGGGCAUCCUGAGCUUCAACACCAUGCGCUACACUUUCAACAUGGUCACCAUGAUGAAGGAGAAAGUCAACACGCACUUCUCCUUCCCGCUGCGCCUCGACAUGACGCCCUACACCGAACACUUCCUCAUGGCCAAAGGGGAACCCAAAGAAGGCGAGUCCAAGGCGUCCGAGAGUUCCGAGUACGACCUGAUCGGCGUGACGGUGCACACGGGCACGGCGGACGGCGGCCAUUACUACAGCUUCAUACGAGACAUCGUCAACCCUCACGCGUACAAGAACAACAAGUGGUACCUGUUCAACGACGCCGAGGUGAAACCCUUCGACUCGGCGCAGCUCGCCUCCGAGUGCUUCGGCGGAGAGAUGACGACCAAAACGUACGACUCGGUCACCGACAAGUUCAUGGACUUCUCCUUUGAGAAGACGCACAGCGCCUACAUGCUGUUCUACAAACGCGUGGAGCUUCAGGAGGACGCCGCCAAGGAGUUCACCUUUGACGUUUCGCCGGACCUGCUGGAGUGGAUCUGGCACGACAACAUGCAGUUCCUCCAGGACAAGAACAUAUUUGAGCACACCUACUUUGGCUUCAUGUGGCAUCUGUGCAGCAGCAUCCCCAGCACGCUCCCCGACCCCAAAGCCAUCUCCCUCAUGACGGCAAAGCUCAGCACCUCGUUUGUCCUGGAGACCUUCAUUCAUUCCAAGGAAAAGCCCACUAUGCUGCAGUGGAUUGAACUCCUCACCAAACAGUUCAACAACAGCCAGGCAGCUUGUGAGUGGUUUUUGGACAGGAUGGCAGACGACAACUGGUGGCCCAUGCAGAUCCUCAUCAAGUGUCCUAAUCAGAUUGUCAGACAGAUGUUCCAGAGGUUGUGCAUCCACGUCAUCCAGAGGCUGCGUCCGGUUCACGCUCACCUCUACCUGCAGCCAGGCAUGGAGGAUGGGUCCGACGACAUGGACGGCUCGGUGGAGGACAUCGGCAGCCGCUCGUGCGUGACUCGCUUCGUCAAGACGCUGCUGUCCAUCAUGGAGCACGGCGUCAAGCCGCACAGCAAACACCUCACCGAGUACUUCGCCUUCCUCUACGAGUUUGCCAAGAUGGGAGAGGAGGAGAGCCAAUUCCUGCUGUCGCUGCAAGCCAUCUCCAUCAUGGUGCACUUCUACAUGGGCACCAAAGGACCGGAAAACCUACAGGUGGAGGUUCUGUCAGAGGAGGAAGGUGAGGAGGAGGACGAGGAGGAGGACAUCCUGUCCCUCGCCGAGGAGAAGUAUCGCCCGGCCGCUCUGGAGAAGAUGAUCGCCCUUGUCGCCCUCCUGGUGGAGCAGUCGCGCUCCGAGCGACACCUGACCCUGUCCCAAAGCGACAUGGCGGCGCUGACGGGCGGCAAAGGUUUCCCCUUCCUCUUCCAGCACAUCCGAGACGGCAUCAACGUCCGGCAGACGUGCAACCUCAUCUUCAGCCUCUGUCGCUACAACAACCGCCUGGCCGAGCACAUCGUCUCCAUGCUCUUCACCUCCAUCGCCAAGCUGACGCCUGAGGCUGCUAAUCCUUUCUUCAAGCUGCUCACCAUGCUGAUGGAGUUUGUGGGCGGCCCCCCGGGAAUGCCCUCCUUCGCCACGUACAUCCUGCAGAGGAUCUGGGAGGUGAUCGAGUACAACCCGUCCCAGUGUCUGGACUGGCUGGCGGGGCAAACUCCUCGGAACAAGCUGGCCCACAGCUGGGUUCUGCAGAACAUGGAGAACUGGGUGGAACGCUUCCUGCUGGCCCACAACUACCCUCGCGUGCGCACCUCGGCGGCGUACCUGCUGGUGUCGCUGAUCCCCAGCAACUCCUUCCGUCAGAUGUUCCGCUCCACGCGCUCGCUGCACCUGCCCACGCGGGAACUGCCGCUGUCGCCCGACACCACGGCCGUGCUGCACCAGGUCUACAACCUCCUGCUGGGCCUGCUGGCCCGCGCCAAGCUCUACGUGGACGCCAUCGUGCACGGCAACACCAAGCUGGUGCAGUACUUCAGCUUCAUGACCUACUGCCUCAUCUCCAAGACGGAGAAGCUCAUGUUCUCCCUCUACUUCAUGGACCUGUGGAACCUCUUCCAGCCUAAACUGUCGGAGCCGGCCAUCGCCACCAAUCACAACAAGCAGGCGCUGUUGUCCUUCUGGUACAACGUGUGCGUGGACUGCGGCGAAAACGUCCGGCUGGUGGUUCAGAACCCGGCCGUGACCAAGAACAUCGCUUUCAACUACAUUCUGGCCGACCACGACGACCAGGAGGUGGUGCUGUUCAACCGCGGCAUGCUGCCCGCCUACUAUGGCAUCCUACGCAUGUGCUGCGAGCAGUCGCCCGCCUUCACGCGCCAGCUGGCCUCGCACCAGAACAUCCAGUGGGCCUUCAAGAACCUGACGCCGCACGCCAGCCAGUAUCCCCGGGCGGUGGAGGAGCUCUUCAACCUCAUGCAGUUGUUCGCAGCGCAGCGAGCGGACAUGCGGGAGGACGAGGUGGAGGACGUCAAACAGUUCAAGAAGACCACCAUCAGCUGCUACCUCAGAUGUCUGGACGGACGCUCGUGCUGGACCACCCUCAUCAGCGCCUUCCGGGUCCUGCUGGAGAACGACGAGGACCGACUGCUGGUGGUCUUCAACCGAGGGCUGGUCCUCAUGACGGAGUCGUUCAACACGCUGCACAUGAUGUACCACGAGGCCACCGCCUGCCACGUCACCGGAGACCUGGUGGAGCUGCUCUCCAUCUUCCUGUCGGUGCUCAAGGCCACCAGGCCCUACCUGCAGCGCAAAGAUGUCAAGCAGGCUCUGAUCCAGUGGCAGGAGAGGAUCGACUUUGCCCACAAGCUCCUCACGCUGCUCAACUCGUACAGCCCACCGGAGCUUCGCAACGCGUGCCUGGACGUGCUGAAGGAAGUGCUUCUGCUCAGCCCGCACGACUUCCUGCACACGCUGGUGCCCUUCCUGCAACACAACCACUUUACGUACCACCACAGCAACAUUCCCAUGUCGCCGGGCCCGUACCUGCCCUGCCGCGAGAACAUGAAGCUGUUGGGGGCCAAGAGCAACGUCCGCCCCCCGAGGCCCGAACUCAACAUGUGUCUGCUGCCGUCCAUGGUGGAGAGCGCAAAGGGCAAGGACGAGGUGUACGACGGCAUGCUGCUGGACUACUUCCUGCCGUACCAGCAGUUCAUUCACCUUGUGUGUCGCGUGGCCAUCAACUGCGAGAAGUUCACCGACACGCUGGUCAAGCUGAGUGUGCUGAUGGCGUACGAAGGACUUCCUUUGCACCUUGCGCUCUUCCCUAAACUCUGGACCGAACUGUGCCAGUCGCAGUCGCUGCUGUCCAAGACGUGCGUGAAGCUGCUGUGCGAUGACGCCGCCUUCAGCGAGUACAUCAAGCGCGUCCUGAUGGACGAGCGGGGCUUCCUCAACAACAACACCAUCUACGCCUUCCUCACGUGCUUCCUGCACAAGGUGCAGGUGUUGUCGGGCGCCAGCUGCUGCAGCCUGGCGGGCGUGUUGGUGGCCAGCGUGCUGAGCGAGCGCGGUGGCCUGCGGCCCGAGCUCGCCUCUGAUUGGCCGCAGCUCAGCAAGACCGCCGGCCAGCUCAACGCGGACCUUCGGGCGUUGACGCUGUUGCUGUCGGUGCAGUCGCCACCGAGCCUCGACCCCGCCCUGGGCCCCGCCCUUCAGGAACUGACCACGCGGUGUCACCUUUGCGUGCAGCGCCGCGACGCGCUGGCGGACGCGUGCCGCCACCGCCGCAACGACGAGGAGGAGGGCGCCAUCCCCGUGAAACGGCGGCGCGUGAGCAGCGAGGACGAAGACGACGAGGUGCCCAGCACGUCCGCCGCCGGCCUGCCCCCAUCUUGCGGCGAAGCCAGCGCCGGCCCGCCGCCGUGCCCAGAGUCAUCCAAGUCCGAGCGGCAAGGGGCGCUGACGCCCACGAGCACCUCCGACACGGAGACGCGGGACUCCUCAUCCCUCAUCGACCCGGGCACCGAGCAGGACCCCCCGUCACCGCCCGACGCCGCCCCCCCGUCGGGCCCCGCGGAGCCCGCACCCGUCGCUGCGCUGUCCCCCUCGCAAACCGCUCCCUCCCCCAAAGCGGACAAGAUGGCGGAACGGGAAGACCCGGACCAGAGAGCGGCCGACCCCCAGGCCCCGCCCCUCCAGGAAGACGGCGCCCUCUCAGCGGGGGAGGGAACAGAGGACGUGCUGGACGCAUUGUGCAGGACACUAGAAGCUGCCGUCACCGCGGUUACCAAAGUGACUGCGAAAGACCCGCCCUCCUCGUGACAUCAUUGGUCACUGUAAGGUUGACCCCCCCCCUCCCGCUUUGUUGCCUUGGAGUCGCACUUUUCUUUUUUCUUCUUCAAAGGGCAAAAAGUGUUUUUCUUCUUUUAUACAACAAGUGAGGAUUUUUGUUUGACGUAAUUUAAUUUUAUUGCAUUUUUACUGCUCGUCCUCUCUGUGCCACUUUUUGUACUUUUGUCGACGACGAAGCGAUGACGGUGAGAUGAAAGGAAAAAAAAAAGUUGCCUUGAGUAGACACGUUUGUCGCGAUAAACAGUUUACGCGCGCGUACGUGAGAACCACAAAAACAAAAACUUGAUGUCUGAAGGUGUAUAUGAAAACUAUAAAUAUAUAUAUGUGCGUGUGGCUGUACCUGUGUAUAUAUAAUGUAUAUUAUAUAUGUAUAUAUAUUAUAUAUAUGUAUGUGUAUAUAUAUAUUAUAUAUAUACAUAUAUAUAUAUUAUAUAGAUGAAAGUGGUGCUUUAUUGGACCGAGGUGCAAAUAAAGCCAGGCGUUGGUGUUGGACCAGUCAGCGGUUUUGAUUUUCCUGACUGGCGCGACCAUUCCCGGCGGCCAUUCUGCUGAUGAGUUUUAGCCGCUUGUGUUGUCCUUCUUUCAUUUCACACACAAGCUCUCAAUAAAAAGAUCUUUAUUGACAAUGUA